AUGACAGUCGAGUACAUCGAGGCGGACGGCGGCAAGCUUGCGUUUGAAGUUGUAGGCACUGGUCCUCUCAUCAUCUGCUCGCCGGGCUUGGGAGACACGCGCGAUGCAUACGAUCCCCUCGUUGGAGAACUCGUGGCCUCCGGAUAUCGCGUCGCCCGCGUCGAUCUACGCGGACACGGCGACAGCACAGCCACAUUCAACGGCUACGGAGACGAAGCAACGGCCGAGGACUUCCUCGCCGUGGUCCAGAAGCUCGGAGGCGGCCCGGCAGUUCUCAUCGGCGCCUCCUUGUCCUCCGCCGCCGCCGUCAUCGCCGCGGGACGCCGGCCGGACCAAGUCGCCGGCCUGGUCCUCAUCGCGCCGUUCCUCCGCAACGGGAUGGGGGCCGUGAUGCGACGCGUCUUGCACCUGGUGUUGAUGAAGCCGUGGGGUCCGUUUGCCUGGCGCAUGUACGCGGCCAAGCUGUGGCCCGGUCUGGCUGUUGACAAGGCCAAAGAACGAGCAGCCAGCUCGACGGCCUUGCUGCAACGUCCCGGGCGGUGGCCAGCCUUCCACGCCUCAUCGAAUGCUGAUCAUCGCGUUGUUCAGCCGUGGAUCGCCCGUGUCCAGGCUCCGGUUCUCAUCGUCAUAGGCGAUGCUGAUCCGGACUGGAAGGACCCGGUGGGCGAGGCGCAAUGGGUUGCAUCCAACUUCAGCCAGGUCGAGACCAUCACCGUUCCUGGUGCCGGACAUGCACCCAUGUUUGAGCUUCCUCAUCUCGUUAGUCCAGGAGUGCUUCAGUUUCUUGAGAAGACCCGCACAGCUGGGGCUUUCAAUCCUCCCAGUACAGCCUAG